GUUUACUCCUGUUUAAACUUUAAAAAUCUCAGCUCUGGUUGUUGUUUUAGGUUCAGAAAUGAAUCCCUGCAGUGUAUUCCUUCCCAUCUUGGUAUUCUUGGCAUCGGGUUUGGUUGUUAGUCAAGAUACAACUGUCGAAAACAUAACAGAUACUGCACAUCAUGGUGAUGAUGAAUAUGACGAAGAAUUGGACGAAAAGUCAACUGAUUUCAUCGAUGAAACUUUUGACACAAAUUUUUCUCCUGAUGGAUACACUAAUGGUGAGUACGAAGGAGCAGUAGAGUCUUCUGAUGUUAAAGAACAGAAUGCAGAGAUCGUGUACAGUGACCAACUAUACAAUACUAGUGAAGUAUCUAACCCAUUGCAAGACCUAGUAAAGGAUUCUACUCACAGAGCUUUGAGUGAUUUCAAAGCUGAUGAAGAUCUUUACGAUAACCCAAGAUUGUAUAAAGGGUUUUACAAGAAGUGGACUCCAGAGAGUGUUGCAGCUGGGAAGGAUGCCAGACUUCUUGAGGCUGCUUUAUAUACUCUGGAAAACCGAUCCAGUACUGUUGGAAGUGAUUAUGCUGGGGGAGAUGAUAUGAUGAAAGAAUUGAAAAAUGUUACUAAGGCGGAAAAAAUUAAACUGGUCCUGAAUGAACUAAUGACCAUGGCGAAGAAAGAGCCAGGACAAGAUUAUCAACAGGAAGGACUAGGAGGUGAAAAUGAAACCCUAUCGAACACAGCAAAGUCCUGCCAAAACUCAGAAAUUACAUGCCAGCCAUCCAGCAAGUAUAGAGUAGAGUCUGGAGAGUGUAAUAACCUACAGAAUUCUCUCUGGGGGAAAGCUAACUCAGCUCUAUCUCGUCUUUACCGAAACAGCUAUGAAGAUGGGAUUGGUGGCCCAAGGUUAUCCGCAAGAUUAAGAAAACAAAAUAGAGUUCGUCUUCCUAAUCCUCGUUUAAUCAGCAAGAGAGUUCAUGAAAACAAGAAAGAAAGUAACAUUCCGAGUGAGAAGAUUACUCAUCUAGCAAUGCAGUUUGGACAGUUUCUUGCUCAUGAGAUUACACUGAUGCCAGAACCAGAACUUCAAUGCUGCGCUCCUGAGAUAAUCAACAAAUCUAGAUGUUUUUCAAUCAGGUUGGAUGGAAAAGGUAUGAUAGAUAUGGAAACAGAUGAAAUUCAUCUUCUCUCACAACCAAACCAACAACAAAACUGCAUUUCUUUUUCAAGGUCGGACCCUGCCUGUGAUACUGGUACUGGUGAGUCUGUCCGACAACAGCUGAAUGGUAUAACCAGUUUUAUAGAUGGCUCUGCCAUCUACGGUAGCUCAGCUGCUCUCACAGACCAUCUUAGAUGGAAAGAGAAAAAUUGGAGAUUUCUUGGCUUUCUUCAGAUAAAUACAGGGAACUACAGAGAUCUCCCCACCAGAACUCAAGUAGGGGAGGGAGACAAUUUUUCCCCAACAGAAGGACAUUUUAAGAUAUCUGGGGAUCUAAGAGUCACUGAACACCCAGGACUUGCAGUCUUGCAUACACUUUGGCACAAUGAACACAAUAGAAUUGCUCACAAUUUAAGGAAACAAACUCCAAUUAAAGAGUUUAUGGAUGAGAAGAAAAUGGAUAUAAAAGCUAGAGAUGAAUUUUUGUUUCAAGAAACUAGAAGAAUUCUGGAAGCAGAACUGCAGCUUGUGGUGUACAGGGAAUACUUACCAGUUGUUAUUGGUCCUGCUAUGAUGAAGGAAUAUGAUCUUUAUAUUAACUCAUCAGUGACAACCUAUGAUGAUGAGCUAAAUCCCAGUAUAUUGAACGAAUUUGCAACUGUGUCUUACAGGUUUGGUCAUUCACUUGUUGGAAAUCAGUUUAUGACGACAAAGCGCCGAAGAGAGUCUAAAAAAAAAUUGUCCUCAUUCGAUCUGAGCACUGCUUUCUUUACUAACGAUCUGAUGAACUGUGUAAACACCACGUGUGGGGAAGAUCCGGCUAAUAUUGGCAGUUGCACCAACAGAACCUGUACCUUUUGGGCAGAUAAUGUUCUGUUUGGUUUGCUAAGUGUGCCGGCCCAGGCUGAUGAUGUUUUCCUCAGCAAUGGUCUCAUCAAUAAUCUUUUCCUAUCAGCAGAACUCAGCUUUCUUAAUGCAGAACUGAAGGAAACAGCAGAGUCUUCAGAUCUUAGUUCAAGAAAUAUUCAGAGGGGACGAGACCAUGGUUUGCCAGGAUACAAACAGUUUAGGAAGGAAAACAGAUUAUUUCCUCUCAAAAACUUGGGAAGCUUUAAAUUAAAUCACUGUUCUGAAUGCAUGAAAGAUGUGCCUGGUAGUGAAGGAGAAUUUUUCUGCAGCCCUUUUUACAUCCCAGAUAGAGAAUGCGAGGCUUGUCUAGAGUUCAGAAACUUCAAGAAGUUUAAUGAUGACUUUAAGGCAACACAUCCUUGUUCCUUCUGUGUUGAAAGGAAAUGUUCCAGUAGAUGCGCCCCAAAAAACAGUAAUGUUAAAAGAAAGAAUCUUAAGAAAUGUGGCGACUGUUUCCAAAAACAGAUUAUAGCGCUCCACACUUGUGAAAAACCUUACAGGAAUGCUUUAGAUGUCUAA